AUGGAGUCAGCGAAAGUGGUCGACGGCUUGGAGGAUAACAUCGAGCCAGAGGCAGUGGCGGCCGUAGGAGCAGGACAAGAGGAACUUGCUUCAAGGGUUUUUGACUUCCGCGCUGUUCGCCCAGUAGAUGUCGAGGUCAAAGAUUUGGGUGUCGAAAUCGACACGACCGCUCCCCUUUGGCAGACACCGCCAAAGCAGAUAUGGAAGCGCCUGACGGCGUCCAGGUCAUCAUCGACCCAUGGCCACGGGACAACCUACAAAACUAUACUAGAAAAUGUCAAUGCCCACAUGCCAUCGGGGAGCCUGACUGCCAUCAUUGGAAGUAGUGGCUCUGGAAAGACGUCGCUACUGAAUGUCAUGGCUGGCAGGAUGGAAUCUAGUCGGCUCAAAACUGCAGGAAGCACCAAGUUCAACGAUGAUACAAACCUGGAACACAUCCGCAGCAGUUAUGUGAUGCAACAGGAUGUUCUUAUUCCGACUCUUACAGUCCGAGAGACACUCCAGUAUGCCGCUGACCUGCGUCUGCCACCGCCAAUCACCAAGGCUGAACGAAGGGGUAUCGCAGAACAAGUCAUCAUGGAGCUUGGGCUGAAGGAAUGUGCCAAUACGCAGGUUGGCAGCAGCGCACACAAAGGGUGCAGUGGUGGCGAGAAAAGACGAACCAGUAUUGGAGUACAAAUGUUGGCCAAUCCUUCAGUGCUAUUUUGCGACGAGCCAACCACUGGACUUGAUGCAACGAGCGCCUAUCAGAUUGUAAAGACCCUGAAAGCCCUUGCUCAGAAAGGUCGCACUGUAAUUGUGUCAAUUCAUGCGCCUCGUUCUGAAAUCUGGAAUUUAUUCGACCGAGUCAUCUUGCUGUCACGAGGAGCUCCUCUAUAUAGUGGACCUAUAUCUGCGGCACUCUCACACUUCAAAAAACUCGGAUAUGCAAUGCCAAAGUUUGUCAAUCCAGCCGAAUUCCUCAUUGACUUGGCUGCGAUUGAUAAUCGAUCUACAGAACUGGAGAGCGCGUCUUUAGUUCGGGUAGACUUUUUGCGUGAUAGCUGGAAGACUAGGACAAAGGAAGUUUCGGAGGACAAAAAGGCAACCACAAUCCCUUCUUCUAUCCAAGCAGCCGAGAGCGAGCAAAUGGUGAAGAAAGUGCCUUUUAGCCGAGAAUUCAGUGUUCUGACUUCGCGUACCUUCAAAACAACAACCAGAGACCCCCUAGGUGUGGCAGGGACACUGUUCGAGGCCGUUGGAAUGGCAGUCAUUACCGGCUGGAUAUUCCUACAGUUAGACAAAAGCCAAGCAGGGAUACGAUCGCGCCAGGGAAGUCUAUACAAUGCCUGCAGUUUGAACGGAUACUUAGUCCUUAUGUAUGAGACCUUCCGGUUGACAAUUGACAUUCGCUUGUUUGACCGUGAACGUAACGAAGGCGUCGUCACCGUGCCAGGGUUCUUGCUCAGUCGGCGGGCUGCGCGAGUGCUACUUGAAGAUCUUCCAGCUCCUAUUCUUUUCACCAUAAUAUACUAUUUUAUGGUCGGCUAUCGCCCGGACGCAGCUACAUUCUUCAUUUUCCUCGCUUUGGCAAUUCUAGUCCAGUACAUUGCCGUGUCGUUUGCAGCCGUCGGGGUCGGAAUUUCCAGGAGUUUUUCAGGUGCUGGAUUGGUUGCCAACCUCUCCUUUACCUUGCAAAGCUUUGCAUGUGGGUAUUUCGUGCAAUCAAAUCAGAUUCCGGUUUACACCAGGUGGCUUAAAUGGACAGCAUAUACCUUCUAUGCAUUCGGUGCCUUCUGCUACAACGAAUUUAUUGGUGUCAACAGCCCGCCUUAUGGCCAAUUCUAUGACUGUCCUUCCUCAAAUGACCCAUUAGACUCAGCCUGCAAGCAAUAUACGGGUCAGUACAUCAUUGAAAGCUUGGGACUCCCGUCGAAUUGGAUCUGGAGACCGGUCGUCAUCUUGACGGCAUAUGUGAUUGGGUUUUAUGUGCUGGGAGCCAUUUUGUUGCAGUACAACACGUUCGCCAUGGGCAUUGCACAGGCAAGAAAAUCAGAAGCAGAGUCUCAGACAGGCAAGGAAGGUGUUGUUGUCCGCUCAAAGGAGGAAAUACGCCGGGUGGCCAUAUCGCUUGACAAGUAUGCUCUUGAAAUCAAGAAACGAGACGAGGUCUGGAAGGCCCCGCGCCGGAUCCCAAUCCUCCAACCGAUCAGUACUGAGUUCCUUGCCGGGCACCUAAACGUGAUUAUGGGUCCAUCUGGUAGCGGGAAAACAUCUCUGCUGAACUCGGUGGCAAGGAGGCUUCACGGAUCCAUGAUGACCAAGUAUCAACUAAGCGGGACGAUGUCAUAUAACGGUGCCAUUCCCAGCGAAAGCGUCAUUCGAUCAGUAACGUCCUUUGUGACUCAAGAUGACGACGCCCUCAUGCCCUCACUGACGGUCCGAGAAAGUCUGCGGUUUGCGGCUGGCCUCCGACUUCCACGAUGGAUGUCAAAGGCAGAAAAGAACCAAAGAGCAGAGGAUAUACUCAUGAAAAUGGGUCUCAAAGACUGCGCCGAUAACUUGAUAGGAAGUGAGCUGAUCAAGGGAAUUAGCGGCGGCGAGAAGAGAAGAGUAACAAUUGCCAUUCAAAUCCUGACAGACCCGAAAAUCUUGCUUCUUGACGAGCCCACGUCUGGAUUGGAUGCAUUCACUGCGACUUCGAUCAUAGAAGUUUUGAAUAAUCUAGCUGCAGAAGGUCGCACAUUGAUCAUGACUAUCCACCAGUCGAGGUCCGAUAUCUUCCACCACCUUGCAAAUCUGCUCCUCCUCGCUCGUGGAGGCUAUCCUGUCUAUGCCGGCCCCGGAGCAGAGAUGAUUCCCUAUUUCAGCACACUUGGAUACCAUUGUCCACCACAGACAAACCCAGCAGAUUUUGCACUGGAUCUGAUCACCGUGGACCUCCAACAAGAGGAACGGGAAGCGAUCACGCGUGAAAAGGUCCAACGCCUCAUAGAGGCAUGGAAAAACAACGAGAAAGUGAUCGGCCGACAAGCGUCGCACAUAGCAACGCCUGCUGAGCUAGGCAGUUUGAAAAGACAGAUGCACCCUCUUCGUACAACAUUUCCACUAGUCCUUCAUCGCUCCGCCAUCAAUUUCUUCCGUCAGCCCGAGCUGAUCAUGGCACGCACAUCGCAAAUCGUCGGCAUCGCGAUCAUCAUGGCUCUCUUUUUUGCACCGAUGAAAAACGACUACGCCGCUGUUCAGACUCGAAUGGGCUUUGUGCAAGAAUUCGCAGCGUUGUACUUUAUCGGCAUGCUCCAGAAUAUCUCUGUUUAUCCACCAGAGCGCGACGUAUUUUACCGGGAGGAAGCUGACAACUGCUACUCGGCUGAGACUUUUAUUCUAUCAUACACGGUCUUGGAAAUCCCGUUCGAGAUCCUUGCCUCGAUCGUUUUUGGAGUCAUUGCCUCGUAUGCGGUCAAUAUGGAACGUAGCGUAUUAAUGCUUUUUGUUUGUUCCUUCAACUGUUUCGCCAUCAUCAACGCGGGCGAGUCUCUGGGAAUCAUGUUUUGCACGCUUUUCAACCAUGUUGGCUUCUCGGUUAAUGUCACGUCUGUUAUCCUCUCGAUAUCCACGAUAAUGGGCGGAAUAAUGUCGCUCAAUCUGAACAACGUGCUGCAAGGCUUCAAUCAUUUAUCGCCGAUCAAGUACGCAGUUGCUAACCUCGCGCCCUAUUCGAUGCGACAUCAGACCUUUUCCUGCACAGAGGCAGAACGCUUACCGAGUGGACAAUGCCCGAUAUCAACAGGAAAGGAAGCUUUGCAGCUGUACAAUCUUGACACAAAUCCGGGGUGGAAUGUUCUGUGGCUCGGUGUUGCAGCUGUUGUCUAUCGGCUUUUGGCCUACGCGGUAGUCAAGGGUAUGGGGACACAUGGAUUUUGGGAGGGUGUGGGAAAACUGCUUACACGUCGCAAAGAAGCUGCGUGA